UAUAAUGACACUGUCCAAGACAUCCACUUGUCUACUCUAAGAUGACCACUUUUCUCCUUGUCUUGGACACUUUCAACUAUGUUUGAGCCUUUGAGCGGUUCAAUGGAGCUGCCUGCCCACUACUUUCCUGUUGGUCUCUGUGCUUACACCAAUGAUCAUCUUCCAAAUGCUUGGGAAAGGAAGAAGUACACCAAGUUCACGGACUAUGGUUCUCAUGGUGCUGUUGAUCUCAGCUUCAGUGAAGCCUCCAGAAAAGUCACUUUUGUUCCGCAGUACAGUCAGAUGGGGUUGCGUGGUUUGUCAUCAAGUGGAUACUCCCUUCCGCUCUUGGAGAGACCAUUGCAAGCCCAGUGGCAGCUGAGUGACUUCAUUCUUGGUGGUCGCAGUUAUCCUGACUCCCUGUUAAAUAUGCAACGAGUUUUGUGCGGAGCUGCUGACCUCAAAAUGUCUGCUGGGCGGAAAAAGUUUCAGGAAAUCUGGGGACAUAAAAUGCAGAUUUGUCAACGUCUUCUUAAAAAAAUGGUGGCAUUGAAUCAAGGCCAGGGCUCUGGAGAGGUGACUGAUCCAAAGUAUGCAUCGCUCUGUUCACAACUGAGAAACAAUUUGAGCUCACCAAUGAAGACGUUUUUGAGAAAACACUCAAGUGUUCAACAGGCUUACAAUGAAAAUUGUUUGCAAGGUUUCAACUCAGACUUUCACGGAGGUCUGCUCAGUCAUGUGACCACGGACAACCCGUCUCAACAUAUCCUGGUCCACGCUGGUGGUGGGGAGCACUUUAGGGAUAUUUAUAUGACAAAAGUAACACCAGGGGAGCAUAGAAGUCUGUACAGAUCUGAGGUGUUGAAGAAGACCACUUGUGUGGAUCCUGUAUUUCAGAUUUCAACAGCCUCAAAACACAACAGCUUUAUCUGUGUCCGGAGCAGGCAUAAAUGUGUGUUGAUUGGCACAGAUACUGAAGACCCCCUAGAAGAAAAGGCUGUCUUGGAUCUAGAAGAUGAAAUUUUAAGUUGUGUUGACCCGAGCCCAUAUGUGGACAAUGAGAUUGUGAUGUCCAACAGUACAGGAACUGUUUAUCUGUGGGAUAUUAAGGCUGGGAAAAAAAAACUGUUGGUCAAACAAUCUAAGUCUGACCUCCAGGACAGGUGGACAUGGUGCUACUUUGCUGGUCAUCCUCGCCAGGUUGUGGUGGCAGAUAAUAAGUCCGUUGAGAUGUAUGACCACAGGACAAAGUUUUUGAAAGGCACCGAGAUAUUCGGUCUGAGUCCGAAGUUUGUGAGGUCAACUGAGUCUGUCCGAAGUGCCUGCAAUGUUGGAUUCCCUAACCACUGUGUUGUCACUGACAAUGCUGUUUUCUUGAUGGAUCAAAGAUUUCCUGCUGUGCCUGUUUUGAGCUGGAAUCACGAACUGAUGAUGGCAAGCCCGCAGUAUGUCAAAGUGUUCCCUUCAUCCUCACUAGCUGGUGGCCCCACAGACAGAUGUAGUGGCGACAAACUUCUGUUAGUUGGAGCCCAGCAACCGGCUGAGGUCAUGUGUUACCCCAUCAGUGUCAAGUCUUCCUCUGCCCCAACUGCCAGCUUUUUACCAUUCAGAGUGUCCAGACCAGGGGAGUUUGCUCAGAGACCGGAGGUAUUGAGCCAGUCUGAUGCUGAUGUUGUAGGGAAGAGAUUUGAUGCUUCACUGGCAGGUGUGACUGCACUGCCUGCUUUGUCUUGCCAGGGGUUUACUGUGUACCAGAUGGAUAGCUAUGGAGAAAUAUUUUACAAGCCACACUUGUUCCGAGGAAGAGAUUUAAGGUCUGGUGUUCUUGAAAUGAGCAGUAAAGAUGAGGCAGUGGCAAUAUCCAGGGGGUGCGCCUGGGUGUCGACGAUGGAAGCCGGGUAUAUGAGUGAUGAUGACGAGGACCUUACUCUGGAGUACACUAACACCACAUUAAGUAAGAAAAUAGCAAAAGACAUUUUCUCAAGUUGCGGGUCUGAAGAAGAAAAGGAAGAUGAUCACAUUGCAAUGAAGAAAAAACUUAGGAAAAAAAUGUUAAGGAACAAAAAGAAAGGGGUGAAAUCUAAGGAAUUUGUUCAACAAAAAGCUGUCGUCAGUGACAGUGAGGAUGCUAAGGGAGAACAGGACAUAAUGGAAGAGAGUGAAGAUGAUGAAAAGGAGGAACAGGAGAUAGCGGAGGAGAGGGAAGAGAGCAAGAUCAAACAACAUGGACUUGAGAAAAGCUGGACAGUGGACAUUGAUGAACUACCGUCUGAUGUCAAGGUGUGCCCGGAUAGUCCUGCCUUGCUGGCCUCUGGGCUGAGACUGGCUGGUGUGUCUGGAUGUGCACGAAAGUUGACAUACUGUGAGUCGGCCUUCACUGGGGUCUCUUCCUCUUCCUGUGACGGUUUUCGUUCUAUAGAGAAGUCAAAAAGUUCUCUGGCUGCUAUGAACUCAAGCACAUCUCACUGUGUAGAGCAACCUGACUCCUGA